AUAUUGAUAAAAUCGCACCUGCCGGAAAUAUGAAAACCAGUCAUAGUAUCCAAACUAUAUUCCAAGACUUGUUGAAAACAAUUCAACAAAACGACGAAGUUGAUAACGUCUCAAAACAAUUCUCCAAAAUAAUUACCAACCGUGAAAGAGUUGAGUUUGUUUCUGAACUGUUAAAAAAGUAUGAAGUGUCGUGUGAGUUUGUUAAAGAUAAAAAAUGUGAUAAAGUGUCUGUAAACUUAAGAGAACAAGGAAACCAGAAGUUUAAGGGAAAACUAUUACAAGAAGCCCUUGAGUUAUAUACACAAAGUUUAGCAAAUGCCGAAGAAAACUCGGAAAAUUUUUCAAAAGCGUUGGCCAAUAGGUCUGCUGUUUUAUUUGAAUUGGAACUUUACGAAGAGUGUUUGAAGGAUAUAGAAAAAUCUCUUGAGAAUAACUACCCCAAAGAUCUGCAACCAAAAUUAAUAAAACGGAAAAACAAUGCCUUAUCUCAAGUACAAUCGGAGAAAGGCAGAACACUAUACUUUAAACCAGCUCCAGAUCUACCAACAGCCUCAAAAUCGCCAUCAAUAGCAUGUGCCACAAAUUUAUUAGAAAUUCAAAGUACGCCAACACAAGGAAGACAUGUCGUAGCCAAAGAAAACAUCGAAAUAGGUGAUAUUUUAGCCGUAGAAAAACCAUUUUGUCACAUUUUAGCAUCGGAAUUUUAUAGUCAUUGUCACGAAUGUCUAAGGCUCAGCUACAAUUUACUACCAUGUUCGAACUGUACGCAAGUGUUUUAUUGCAGCUCGAAGUGUCAAAAAGAGGCCCAGAAGUAUCACAAAUAUGAAUGCAAUAUUCUAAAAACAUUACGAAGCUUACAGCUGGACAAGAUGAAGCUACUGCCUCUUAAAUUAGCUAUAUUGACGAGAGAUUACUAUAAUGAAAUAAAAACGUAUAACGGAUUAGACAGUGUCGACAAAAAUAACAAGUAUAGAUCUGACAGAUACAAAGAAAUCCAUAAUUUAGUGGCAAACACUCGGUCCAGAUCAGUAGCUGAUUUGUUUGAACGAUCUACAACAGCUGCCGUUAUUUUUAAUUUGGUGAAAACUCACACGCAGUUUUUUUGUGGCGAUACGGAAGAAGAAAUAUUCAAAGAGAUUUUGUUGUUACAUUUUCAAACUGCACCUUGCAAUUUCCACGAAAUAUCAGAGCUAAGUAGGACGAACGAUGGGUAUUUCGAGACUCAGGAAAUAGGGGCAGGUGCUUUCUCGUUUUUAAGUUUAUUUAAUCAUUGUUGCAACCCUAAUGUAGUGAGACAUUGCCACGGAAAUACUGUCGUUUUGAGAGCUAUUAGAAGUAUAGCUAAAGGGGAACAAUGUUACGACAAUUAUGGAUACCAUUAUGCCCUAAUGCUAAAACCAGAUCGUCAACUGAAUCUUAACAAACAAUAUUUCUUCGAAUGUAACUGUGAAGUGUGCAUAAAGGAUUGGCCAACACUCCCAUUUUUAUCUUCACCUAACUUCAAGACGGGAGUAACAGAUAGCGAUAUAAUGAAUCUAAGAAAAGGAAACGAAGCAUGUAUUGAUCAAAUUUGUCAAAAAUUGUUACCAAAAAUAAAAGAACUGGAAAAAAGUCAACCGAGUAGAAUGUUUGCAGAAAUGCAAGAGGUCUUGAAACAGUGUUACGCUUUACUUGGCAAUGUCAGAAGAACGUAAACCACAAUGUUUGUUAAAUUUAUAGUAAAUAUGUUGUCUCUUGUAUAAUUUAACUGUUGUAAAAUAAACAGUAGAAAAUAAUUAUAAUAUACUUACCAA